GUUGGUCGUAAUCUGGAGAGUGACAUUCGUGGAGACACAAGCGGAGACUUUGAGAAGAUCCUGGUCGCCCUGAUGCAGGGUUGUCGCGAGGAGAACGCCCCAGUCGACAUGGCUCGGGCACAAACCGACGCUGAUGAGCUUUACGCGGCCGGAGAAAAACGUUUGGGAACCGAGGAAGCCGUGUUCACGAGGAUACUCACGCAGAGGAGUUUCGGCCAAAUAAAGGCUAUCUCCGAGUGCUAUCGAAAGAAAUACGGCAAAAGUCUGGAGAAAGCGAUCAAGAAGGAGACGUCGGGUUACUAUGAGAAGACGAUGGUUUCGAUUGUUCGUUUUGCUGAGGACAAGAACGCCCUGCUUGCUGAAUGGUUCUACGACUCCAUGGUUGGUCUAGGAACACGUGACGAGAUGCUCAUUCGGUUGGUUCUGGGCCGUUGUGAGAUUGACCUCCAGGACGUGAAAGACGCCUACAUGAGGAAGUACAACAAGCCGCUGGUGAAGGCGAUUGAGGGCGACACCUCAGGCGACUACAGGAAAAUGCUUGUUGCUCUGGUUGGCAACACCAUGGCCGUCGUCUUCGAUGGACCAAAUUUCAACCCGCAAGAAGACGCCGAUGCGCUGGAAAAGGCAAUGCGUGGCUUAGGGACGGACGAAGAUGCCAUAAUCAACAUCUUAGCAUACCGCACGGUCAGUGGAAGACAGCAGAUAGCGAGGCAGUACAAGGCGUCCUAUGGACAGGACCUCCAGAAACGCCUCAAACAGGAGCUGUCGGGGCGGUUCAAGGAUGUUGUGCUGAAGUCCUUCCUGGACAAGGCCCAUCUGCGGGCCCGGGCUCUUUACGAGGCAAUGAAAGGCGCUGGAACGAAGGAAUCGAUCAUUAUUCAGACCAUUUGCUUGAUGAACAAUGAAGAAAUCGCCGCGCUUCGAUGUGCUUACGAAGACAUGCCAUGUUUGGUGCUUGUGGCCCUCAUCAGGCUCUUUCCUAUUUCUUUUCCAGCACUGCGUCGUGACCUUGAAAAGGAUGUCCGCAGCGAUUUGAGUGGUGACUUUGAGCUCUUCAUUGUGGCCCUGUUGCAAGGCAUGCGGGAGGAAGGCUUGGACCCCCAGGCUGCUGAGGCCGACGCCGAGGCUCUCGCAUCUGCGGGUGAAAAAAAGCUUGGAACCGACGAGGCUGUGUUUACAAAAAUCUUUGCAAGGAGGAGUUACGAAAUGAUUCGGCUUCUGGAUAAGCUCUACUACGAGAAAUCUGGUCAUGGAAUUCUGAAGGCCAUAAAAUCUGAACUCAGUGGAUACUAUGCAGAAGCAGUGAAAACAGUUGUGAAAACGGCAUUUAAUCGAGACGAAUGCGUCGCCGACCUGAUUCGUGAUACGAUGAUGGGAGCCGGAACUGACGACGAUGGUCUAAUUCUACUCGUUUUGGCUCAUUCUGAGGACAACAUGGCUGGUAUAAAGGCAAUAUUCGAAGAGAAAAACGGCAAAUCAUUGGAGGAAUGGAUCAAGGGUGAUACAUCUGGCCACUACAGAAAGUUUCUUCUUGCCGUCUUGGACAACAAGUAG